AUGCUGUCAAGUCGAGUACGUCGUCCAACGACGCACAUACUACUUCCUCUGGCCUCUCCCAGACUCCCGACACGUCAGCCAUUGCAUGCGCCAUGGCGACGAUUUACGAGCUCUAAGCAAGCUCCCAGCAAGAGCUCCGAGACCCAGUCCCACUGGUUUCGCCACUCUCUCGGACUGGCAGUUGCCGGUACUGCGGUCUUUCUAGGUUAUACAUAUGUGACAAGCGACUGGAAGGGAACCGGGGUGGACGGUGCCGCCGGCGCACAGAAGGGUCUAACCCCAAUCGACUACCCCAGCUCUCAGUUUGUCCAGGAAAAGAGAAGUCUCAAGAGUCCUGGAGUAUACACAUGGGGGUCAAAUGUCUAUCGCGUGGUGGAUCCGGGAUCGAAAGACACCAAUGUCAAGAUCCCGCGACGAUUUUCAUAUUUUGAUGGCCAGGUGCUGAGAGACUUCAAAAUUGACGACAAGGCCGGCGCCGCGAUCACCGAGAAUGGAGAUCUGGUGCAAUGGGGCAAAGGGUUCUCGGAGACCAACUUCACUCCAACCAAGACCCUAACCGGCAAGAGUCUGGUAUCACUCUCCCUAUCCGAGGAUCGAAUCAUUGCGCUGUCUUCCAACGGCACCGUCUACUCGUUGCCGAUAUCCCAAAUUGACCAACAGUCCGGCCCCAAGCCUCAAGAGGGUUCCUGGGUUCCCUUCUGGGCUGGACAGUCUCGUUUGAGCUAUCGCGUGCUGCAGCCGGCCCUAAAACUGGGCGAAUCAGUCACAGCGAUCCGUACUGGGCGGGAACACGCUCUGUUGCUUACGAGCGCCGGGCGAGUCUUUUCGGCAGCUGCAUCUACUGAGCAUUAUCCCUUGCUCGGUCAACUCGGUGUCCCUGGUUUAACUUGGUCCACCAGACCCAGCGGGCCGGUGGAUUCCUGCCACGAAGUUGCGACGCCGAAAGGCGUAAAGAUUGCCCAAAUUGCCGCUGGUGAUUAUCACUCCUUGGUGUUGAGCAAAGAUGGCCGUCUUUUUGCGUUUGGUGAUAACUCCUUCGGACAAUUGGGAGUAGAAUUUGAACCAAGUCUACCCUCCAAGGACACCCCGUUUGAACUGUCUCUGCGCAGGCUCUACAAGGGAGGAAUCUAUCUUCCAACAGUCACCAGUAUCGCAGCCGGUGGAGCAAACACCUUUUUCACCGUGGACGCUAAGCGAGUUCCGGGUCCUGGGGAAGAGGCAGCCACCAUCCGUGACUUGGGUCGCGUAACCGCGGAUACUUGGGCCUGCGGUCGAGGAAUCUGGGGUACACUCGGCAAUGGACGAUGGAUCCACCUGCAAGAUGAACCCACCAAGGUGAAGGCAUUGAGCGGGCUGAGCGAGUACGACGAGAAGACGAAACGAAUUACACCGAUCCAUCUUCGCGAUGUCUGUGUGGGCACGACCCAUGUUUCGGCCGUGAUGGACAACAAGACCAAUCUCAAGGCCGCUACCACCGACUCACUGAGUGGAUCGCAGGAUUGGGGCUUUGACGUGCUCUGGUGGGGAGGCAACGAGCAUUUCCAACUCGGCACCGGGAAGAGGACCAAUCUGUCCAAGCCCACGUAUAUCGGCACCCCCGACGACACGGGCAAGACAAGCGAGACAGAAACACGACUCCAGAUCAUGCCGCGCCAUAAGGGCCAGGUCGGAAAGCGGACUGUCAGCAUGGAGCAGCGAGUGUCGUGUGGUCGGCAUGUCUCCGCGAUUUACUCGGGAGUGUAA